UUUCAGGAUUAGUUUAGUGCUUGACGUUUCAAUAAUUUUUUUUAAUAAUAGAAUAGUUAACAUCCCGGUCUUUACUCAACAGAGUUACAACCAAUUAUUACAAUCUAACACUCGAACAAAAAGUGUAGUUCAAAUAGAAUUAAACACACCCAAACAUUAUAAAAGUGAUAAGACCAAGAUAAGAAACACACAAACAAAUGUUUAAAAUUUAUCAUCUAGCAUAACAUUAGUCCUUUAAACAAAAAAAAAACGUCACGUGGGUAUGCCAUUUCAUCCUCACAUGCAAGAACAAUAAUCAAAUGACCAUUCUACCCUUAUAAAUACCAUAAUAUAGAAAAAUAAUCAACCUAGACACUCAUUAUAAAAAUAUUGUUGGACUGGCCUGAUAUUCAUUUCAUUCUUUUUCUUUAUUAUGCGGCGGUCGUCUGCCUGCCCUCCUCCUCCCCCUCUACGUGCCGUGCGGCGCCAUUGCUGUGGUCACACGUCGUCGUCGGGGUGAGGCGGUGAUGCACGGUGGCACAGGCGGAGCGGCGGAUUGGAGGGCCGGCGACGGGGAAGAGGGUCGGCACGGCCAACGGGAAAGGAGCAGCGGAGAGGAGAUCGACUGGCCGGCUCCCUACCCACCGCGGUCGGCAGCUGGCAAGGGAGGAGCGCGGUGGAGAGGAGGGCCGAGGGAUGAUACGGUGGCGGUAGCGAAGUCACCGAUGCGCGCGGGGAAGGGCGACGGAGAGGAGAUCGGCCAGCCGGUUCCCCACCCGGCGCAAUGGCCUGCUCCUGCAUCGUUGCCACCGCCGCCGGACCUUCUCUCCCUCCUCACCCCGCCGGCCUCCUCUCUUCUCCAGCAUCGUCGCUGUCACCACUGUCGUCGACGCCCUCCUCUCCCGCCUAGCCCCGCCAACCUCCUCCCCACCCGACGGCCAACCUACGCAGAGAGGUCGGAGAGAGAGAGAGAGAGAGGAGGAUAGGAGAGAAGAGGGGAAAAAAAGAUUGGGUGGUGACGUGGUCACCCUAAUAUGUGGGACCCACGUGGAUCCUUACGCUAACUCAGCCGCCACGUCGGACAAACCGGGGUCAAAACCACCUAAGGAUCUAAAGUAAAUGGUUUUGAAAGUUGAAGGAUAUCAUAUAUCUGGCUUUGCGGUUGGGGAACGAUUUUUUAACUCGAUGACAAGUUGAGAGACAUUCGGUGCAAUUUUUUUCAAACAUAUCGCCGUCUCAUUUGGUGGGCUUUAUGUGAUGGAGUAGGCCGAUAGAGUGGGCCUAUUUCGGCCCAUAUAUCGAGGAAAAACUUGCCAGGCCGUGGAUCCCCCUGGGUCAUUUGGCCUGGGCCUCAUCGCGAUGACUCACCGUCCAAUCUCCUCGGUGAAUUAUCAUCUGUGGGCGUGGUCGGUGGCGGGUGAGUUUCGGCGUAAUCACACGGAUAGCUCGCCGCCGGCGGCGAUAACUGUGCCCAUGGGUCAAGAUGAGCCAGUUUCUGUGCAACUUCUGAACGCGUAUGCAGCCUCAGACCGAUCCAAUUUUUUUUAACAAACUUCCAACUUUUCCAUCACAUCGAAACUUUCUUACAUACACAAAUUUUCAAUUUUUUCAUCACAUCGUUCCAAUUUCAACCAAACUUUCAAUUUUAAUGUGAACUAAACACACUCUGAAUUAGAAGUCGUCUAGCUGCGGACUUUCCGUUUUUAUCAUCGCAAACUCUUCGUCAACAUUGAAGGCUUGACCUUAGCUCAUUUCACACUUUUUUGACGAUAUCCUCUGGGGCACUACUGAUCGAACACAAUUUCUCAGCAAAGUUUGGAAAAUCCAUUCGCUAUCCUUUUAGAAACAACGCGUCGAGACUUCAUAAGAUGCGUGCUUAAUUUUUCCUGCACCUAAUUAACAGAAGCACUUUAAGCUUGUGUGCUACUUAUCCAUCUUCCAUUCUCGCUUGCUGCUGCUGCUGCAAGAACACAGUGCUAGCUAGCUAGACACUUCUUGCUCGGUAACAAUGGUGAGGGCGUUAGCUGUUACUGCGGGCAAUGGCUUCGGCGCCGUCCCUACUGCUCCUGCUGCCGGUUGGAUCCUCAUCGGCUUCGGCUUUGCCGCGGCCUUAGCCGUCGUGGCGAUCGCGGUGUUCGGCUGUGCCGACGGGCCUAAAGACAGCCCAAGAAGGAAGAAAGAUAAGCGCCGCCGCCGCAGGGAAGACGGGGAUGGUGGCGGCGGCGACGGAGGCGAUGGUGGUGGCGACGGGCCGGACGGCGGCGGCGAUGGCGGUGAUGGCGGCGGCGGCGACCAGCCUAGCUCGGAUGCUCACGGCGGGCAUCACCACCAUGGCCACGGACAUGGCGGAGACAAUGGCGGCGGACACCACCACCAUGGCCACGGGCAUGGCGGGGACCACGGCGGCGGCGGGCACCACCAUCACCACGGGCAUGGCGGAGACCAUGGUGGAGGAGGCUGGCACCACCAUGGCGGAGACCAUGGCGGCGGCGGCGGGCACCACUACUCCGGUGACCAUGGGGCAAGCAGCGGAUUCAGCGGUGGCGGCUGCGGCGGCGGCGGCGGCGGCGGGGGUGGUGGUGGUGGGUUCUGACGUCACGGGAGUUAACUCGGCCACUGUUAAUUUUCAAAAGUGACCGAGACAAGGUCAAUGUUAAACAGCAACGUUGUCAAUCAUGGAUUGGCGUACAAGCAAGUGGUGAGAAUCAAGCGGCGAUAUGAUCGAGCAUUUUAAUUUGCACCGUGUUUACUUCAAAGUUUUUUUCUAAACUACCAACUUUUCCAUCACAUCAUUUCAAUUUCAACCAAACUUUCAAUUUUUUAUGUGAACUAAUUAAGGGUGUGUUUAGAUGGUGGAGAAGUUAUGAAGCUGUGAGAAAGUUAGUAGUUUAGAGAAAAAGUUGAUAGUUUAUAUGUGUAGGAAAGUUUUCGAUGUGAUGUGACGUAACAGAAGGUUAGGAUUUUGGGUGGAACUAAACAUGGCCUAAACACAGCCGGCUGGGCGGCUGGGCCUAACCGCCUAACGACUCCGUCCUGGCGAAUCAUCAGCGGAUGGGUGUGCGUGGCUCCGUGCUUUUGGCCGUAAUGAUCCAGACGUCUCGCCGCCGGCGAUGGCCGGUUAAUUAACACUGUGGUCAAGCCAAUUUCUAUGAACACAGUGUAUAAUUAAUAGUAUAUAUUUAACAAAUUAAGUGCA